CUGCUGGGCUGGUAGAAAAGUAGGCAACACAAAUUCUGAAAGGACAUCCCAACUAACACAAUCAUCCUCCCGCCAACAACACAUGCUCCAUCCUCUCUGUUCAACUUUUGAACAAAGUGCAGCAUCCUAAGGGGAAUCAAACCAAGAAGUCUAAUUGGAAUAGACAGUGACACUGUGGAUAAUCCUCAGAGCUAUUCAUUGGAGAAGCAGAAGAACCAAACCACACCUGUUGGAGGAGCAGAUUGGGCAGCGAAAUGGCACUUCUCCUGAGUCUUCUCUGCACCUUGUGCCUGGUGGGGCAAGUUCUUGGCCAGGACAUGCCAUAUGAGGAAUACAUGGCCCAGAUUCAAGCUUGCCCUAAAGAGUGUCGCUGCCCCACCAACUUCCCUCGUGCUGUCUACUGUGAUAAUAAAGGCCUCAAGAGCAUUCCCAAAAUCCCUACUCAUACAUGGUAUCUCUACCUGCAGAACAAUCUAAUUGAGGUCCUGUCAGCAGAUGCCCUGCGUAACGCCACACAGCUGCGCUGGCUGAACCUAAACCGCAACAAAAUCUCCAGUGAGGGAGUGGAAGAAGGUGUCCUAAGUACAAUGUCUCAGCUGGCGCACCUUUACAUGGAUGACAACCUCUUGUCCUCUGUGCCAUCUCCCCUGCCAGCUAGCCUAGAGCAUCUACUUCUCUCUCGCAAUAGAAUUUCCAAGAUCCCUGCUGGUGUCUUCCUUGGUCUGGAUAAGCUCAACCUCUUGGACCUCCAGGGGAACAAGCUGAUGGAUGAAGAUGUGACUGAGGUGAGCCUGAAGGGUCUAAACAACCUUGUACAGAUCAAUCUAGCCAAGAACCAGCUGAGUAGCAUGCCACUUGGCUUACCACCCACCACUACCCAACUUUUCCUUGAUGGCAACAACAUCGAUAAGAUCCCAGCUGGCUACUUCAAACGUUUGCCAAAAAUGGCAUUUCUGAGGCUCAACCACAACAAGCUUGGCAGCAGUGGAGUUCCGAAAAAUGUGUUUAAUGUCUCCAGCAUUUUGGACUUGCAGCUGUCCCACAAUCUUCUGACUGAGGUUCCCCUCAUUUCCUCAGGCCUCGAACACCUUCACCUUGACCACAACAAUAUCAAAAGUGUAAGUGGCACCAACGUCUGUCCUGUCGCCGUUGACACUGUGGAUGACUCUAUCAAUGAAAGUGUUCCUCGACUGCGCUACCUUAGACUGGAUGGCAAUGAGAUUAAACCACCAAUUCCCAGGGAUGUCAUUCUGUGCUUCCGUCUCCUGAGAUCCAUUGUCAUCUAAAAUAAAUCUUAGUUACAUUUUCAUUUCCUUCAACUGAUUAUGAUAUGUGAAUCCAUGCAACAAUUUUGAUGUGAGUCAUAUUUGCAUUUUUGUGAAGCUCAAUUUGACACUAGUUGGCCGCAACUUGUUUCAUUGCCAUGAAAUACGAAAAAUAUCUAAAAGAAAGAACAAAAUUGAGGAACUGAUGGGUUAGAAGCUUUACUGACACUGCAAGCUGUUGACAAUUAGAUGUGCCUUAUUUUGGUUUAAACAUCUGCAUGUACAAAUUAGAAUGAAAAUCUGAUUAUAACAUAGCAUGACAGUGAUUUAGACGGAUAGGAGGACAAAAUGUGUUUAUGACAUGUUGAGGAUUUAUUGUCAUUAUGCUUCUUUGAGCAGGAGGCAAAGCUUAUUAGGCAAAAUAUCACUUUUUAUUUUUUCUAAUGUUUCAGGAAAACCUUUACUUUAUACUUGUAGAGUUAAAGCCAAAUGAAUGAUCUUGUGUUCUAGGUUUAUACUAUCUCUACUCUAUUCUAUGACAUGCUUAUUUCCUGUAGGUAAUUUAUUUUUAUUUAAUAUCGUGGGAAAAUAAGUAGAAACCUGUGAAUAUUCAUGGCCAAUAUUCCUUAACGUUUUGUAUACAAAGACGUGGGAUAACUGUUUAAAAAAAAAAUGCCAACACACUUUUUAAUUCUGAUAAUUAUUCUGAAUAAACUGAGCAAGACAUUUCA